AUGGAUAAGGCAGAAGUGUUGUUGCUGAUUGAUACUGUUGCAGCUGAGAUGAGUUAUGAAGAAUGCAGGGUUGACAUGCUGGUGCCAUGGAGAGGGAGCUAUGAUGUUAGUAUUGAUAGUGCUUCAAGUGGCCUGGCUGAGAUGAAGUUAAAGCCGUUUGGACGCCUUUGGUGGGAUGAUAUUGUAUCUACUGUUGUGGGAAGGUCUGAGAUCCAUAACCAGAUACCAUUUGCAGAUACCUUGAGGAUGUUCUGUAUUGGAUUCAACAAGAGGCGAGAGAAACAGGUCAAGAGAACCUGUAAUGCUCAAUCUAGCCAGAUCCGACAGCUUGAGUUAUAUAUUUCAAUUUCAAUGAUUCGUCGCAAGUUGGUUGAAGUCAUGGUAAACCAGGCCUCCUCGUGUGAUCUUAAAGAGUUGGUGGCAAAAUUCAUUCCUGAAAUGAUUGGAAAGGAGAUUGAGAAGGCUACAUCAAGCAUUUAUCUAUUGCAGAAUGUGUUUAUUAGGAAGUUCAAGAUCUUGAAGGCUCUAAAGUUUGAUCUUGGAAAGUUGAUGGAGGUUCAUGGUGACUACUCUGAGGAUGUUGGUGUGAAGGUGGAUAGGCCUGCUGAGGAAACAGUACCAGAGGCUGAAACUGAAGUUGUUGGAGCUUAGGUUCAU